AUGGCCGAAAACGUGAACAAUGACCAUUUUAAACUGUCCACCCUCUUCAAUGUCAAGAACAAAGUGGCAUUGGUAACCGGUGGAGGCUCGGGCAUUGGCCUCAUGGCUACACAGGCUCUUGCUGUUAACGGUGCAAAAGUGUACAUUGUCGGUCGCACUCAAGAUAAACUCAAUCGCGUGGCCAAGUUAUAUGGCAAGGAUAUCGAGGGUCAAAUCAUCGCGUUACCGGCAGCGGACGUUUCGACCAAGGAGGGCGUGGAACAAGUGCACAAGGAUUUCGAAGCUCGCGAAAAGCAUCUCUCCAUUCUCAUCAAUAACGCUGGAGUAUCAAGUUCUGCAAGAGAAGACACUCAACGUCAAGACCCUCACGGGCUUCGUGAAACACUCUUUGACCAAGACGCUCAGACCGUAGAGGAUUGGCAAUCAGUGUACCGGGCAAAUGUAUGCCAGCUUUAUUUCAUGUCCUCGACAUUCCUACCGCUACUAAACAAGGGAACCGAGAUUGAACAUGGCUGGUCUAGCACAAUAAUUAAUAUAUCAUCGAUCUCCGGCAUUGUGAAGAUUUCUCAACAUCAUUUCAAUUAUAACACAUCGAAGGCGGCUGCUAUUCAUUUGACAAAAAUGCUUGCACAUGAAAUUACCUCCUCUGGCCUCAAAAUCAGAAUCAACAAUAUUGCUCCAGGGGUCUUUCCGAGUGAGAUGACAGCACAUGAGAGUGACGAGGCUCAGAAGAGUUCUCUGCCUAAGGAACGGUAUGAGAACAAGAUCCCGGCCGGAAGACCAGGGAAUGAUAAGGAUAUGGGAAAUGCAGUGCUUUACGCGGCUACUAACCAGUACGUUAAUGGGCAGACGAUCGUUGUGGACGGAGGCUACGUUCUAUCAACGGGCACUAUUUGA